AUGUAUAAAAUGGAGUAUUCUUACCUAAAUUCCUCUGCCUACGAGUCAUGUAUGGCCGGGAUGGACACGUCGAGCUUGGCAUCGGCCUAUGCGGACUUCAGUUCGUGCAGUCAAGCCAGUGGGUUUCAGUACAAUCCCAUCAGGACCACUUUCGGGGCCACCUCCGGCUGUCCGUCUCUCACGCCGGGGUCCUGCAGCCUGGGGACCCUGCGGGACCACCAGAGCAGCCCGUACGCCGCAGUUCCAUACAAACUCUUCACGGAUCACGGCGGACUGAACGAGAAGAGAAAGCAGAGGCGCAUCCGGACCACGUUCACCAGCGCCCAGCUGAAGGAGCUGGAGCGGGUUUUUGCAGAAACACACUACCCGGAUAUCUACACCAGAGAGGAGCUGGCACUCAAAAUCGAUCUGACUGAAGCCAGAGUGCAGGUGUGGUUCCAAAACCGGCGUGCCAAAUUCCGCAAGCAGGAGCGCGCAGCUGCAGCAGCCGCAGCGGCUGCCAAGUCCAGUUCUGGAAAGAAGUCCGACUCAAGAGACGAAGACAGCAAAGAGACCAAAACCACCGACCCUGACAGCACAGGAGGACCGGGCCCGAACCCGGUGCCCACCUCCAACUGCGGCGGACCGAGCCCUACCGCAGGCCAAGUCAACACCACCGGGAACGGACAGGUGGACCAAGUGAAGACCUCCGUGUCCACCGGCAUGGGAGUGACAGCACCGAGCCAAGGCUGGGCCACCGCACCGGGGACCAUCACCUCUAUCCCGGACUCAUUGGGCGGGCCCUUCGCCAGCGUACUGUCGUCUUUGCAAAGACAGAACGGAGCCAAAGCUACAUUAGUAAAGACCAGCAUGUUCUAA